AUGGAGACGCCUCCAUUGAUCACACAGACUAUUCCGGAAUACUUUAGAGAUGUGAUUAGCGAGCAUGGUGAUAGACCUGCAGUGAUAGCUCGUCAUCAGAACACAACAUUGACUUACCAUGAUCUGGACAUACAAAGUGAUGCUCUUGCACGAGGGCUUGAGAGACAAGGAGUCCAGAAAGGCGAUCGAGUUGCUGUAAUGCUGGGAAAUGGAGUCGAAUACUGUGUCGCUACAUAUGCACUCUUCAAGCUCGGUGCCAUGCUCGUCCCUCUAAAUCCAGCCUUCAAUGCUUUACAGAUCACUUCAGCUUUGACUCACCUGGCCGCAUCACACCUAAUCAUCUCCUCCGAGAUCAACCUCCCCUACAAAGAACCAAAAUCCGUCAUGCCAUUGCUCGCCCACCUAAUCCCAGACAUGAACAAAUCAAAGAUGGAGUCCGAAGCCGUACCCAGCUUGAAACGAGUCAUUGUGGUUGAGAACUCGAUGGGCAGAGUGCAAAGUGGGGCUUUUGGUGCUUUGAGCAGUUAUGUGGAUGUGUUGAGGGAUGGAGAGGGUGAGAGAUUGGUGCCGAAGCUGUUGGAUAAUGAUGAGGUGGUUAAUAUACAGUUUACGUCUGGUACGACGAGUAUGCCGAAAGCAGCAUGUUUGACGCAUCGAUCUGUGCUCAACAACGGCAAGAGUAUUGGCGAUAGGAUGUUAUUGACACAUAAGGAUGUUGUCUGUUGUCCGCCGCCUUUGUUUCACUGUUUUGGAGCCGUUCUAGGCUAUAUGGCAACCAGCACACAUGGCAGCGCCAUCGUGCUACCAUCCGAAUCCUUCAACGCCGAAGCCACUCUCCGCGCAGUCCAAGAAAACGCAUGCACAGCACUCUACGGCGUACCCACCAUGUUCAUCAGCGAGCUGGAGUUACUGGCCUCUGGUGCAGUGCCAUAUGAAGGCUUCUCUCAACUGCGCACAGGCAUUGCAGCAGGCAGUAGCAUCCCUGCAGCUUUGAUGAGCAAACUCCAUAAUGUUCUUGGACUGACACAAUUGACUAUUUGCUAUGGCAUGACGGAAACUAGUCCGGUCAGUGCGAUGACGACGACUGAUGAUCCGAUGUGGGCGCGAAUUGAAACUGUGGGACGACUGCUUCCUCAUGUGGAAGCCAAAGUCGUAGAUGCGAAUGGGAAGAUCGUGGCACCGAAUGUUCGAGGCGAGCUCGCCGUAGCUGGAUACUUGGUCAUGAAGGGCUACUGGGAUGAUGAAGCUCGUACUAAAGAGGCCAUCCGACCAGAUGAGGAAGGUACACUGUGGAUGUACACAGGCGACGAAGCAAGCAUGGACGAGAAUGGCUACGUACGCAUCACUGGCCGCAUCAAGGAUUUAAUCAUUCGUGGCGGCGAAAACAUCCAUCCUCUGGAAAUCGAGAACGCCAUCCUCAAACUUCCAUCUGUAACAGAUGUUUCUGUGGUCGGAUUGCCAGACCAGAAAUAUGGUGAAGUGGUUGCAGCUUUCAUCAUGCCCAAGAAUGCAAAUGCAAAUGAGGAAGAAAAGACCAAGAUGGCGAGGGAGAUUAAGCAGUGGGUCAAAGAUACUCUGAGCUCGCAUUUGGUUCCAAAGUACAUUUUCUGGUCCGAGGGUUGGCCGAAGACGGCGAGUGGAAAGAUCCAAAAGUUCAAGCUAAGAGAGACAGGUAUUGAGCUUGCAGCCAAGGGACAUGGUGUACAUACUUGA